AUGGGCAUGGGCAUGGAGGCUGAGAAGGACGGUGGGGUGGAGGAGGCUGGGCAAAAUGCGGGUGGGCGGCAUGUGCCCGACGGCGAACAGGUGACGGGCGACGGAGUGGUCGCUGGCGGGGAGGAUGAUGAUGAUGGUGCGGUGGACGAGGCCGACAACAACGGCAACGAGGCCGACAGCAACAAUGCGCUCGUAGACGAUGCGGACGACGGCGGCGUGACACAACUUGCUGGGAAUGACCCUGCUCAAGACGCACACCCUGUCCAUGAGCAGGAUCAGGGUGGCCAGGACGCAGAGGGUGGCCCAGAGGCAGGGACAAAUGCAGUGGGUGGCGAGACAGAGGCCGUGGUCGGCCCGCGGGUGGUGCGGAUGCUGCCACCGGACUCGGCGUCGCAGCGCAAGCUGCGGGAGAAGAACGCGGCUCUGCGGAAGCGGCUCGGCCGCAAGUACAGCAAGGUGUUUGAGAAGGCCCACAAGGAGAUCGACGGCGCCUCGGGCGAGGUCGACAAGUCGCGCUCGCUCGUCGACGACGUCGCUCGCGACUUCAAGUCGCUCAACGCAGAUCUGAACAUCCUCGCCGUCACCGCGGAGGGCCUCUUCCCAGGCGCCGCCUCGCCGUACUUCCCCUCGCUCAACCUGCCGGCCGCUACGCCGUCCUCAUGA